AAAAAAAUUACGAAUGCGCUAUCUCUCAAACUAUGUCUUAAACUUUCAAAUUUCUAGUACAAAAUCUUCGCAAGUUGUAAAAAUAUAAAUCUGUCUUUACCUGAACCGUCAUUUCCAUCUGUUGCAACACGCAUGCGUGUUCUCGUCUUCGUACGUGCACGCGUGUUUUGUACAUAGGGGCGUGUUUGGCCGGGGCUGCGUCUGCAGCUAGACCUUCUUACUCCGCAUUGUGGGGGCUUGGUUGUUUGUAUAUGUACAGUCUAUGGUUGUUUGUUAGCAGCGUUAGCUUGUUGUUGCUUGUUAGCAGCUUUAGCUUGUUGUUUGUUAGCAGCGUUAGCUUGUUGUUGCUUGUUAGCAGCUUUAGCUUGUUGUUUGUUAGCAGCGUUAGCUUGUUGUUGCUUGUUAGCAGCUUUAGCUUGUUGUUUGUUAGCAGCGUUAGCUUGUUGCUGGUUAGCAGCGUUAGCUUGUUGUUUGUUAGCAGCGUUAGCUUGUUGCUGGUUAGCAGCGUUAGCUUGUUGUGUGGGUGUGUGAGGUGAACCUCUGAGGCUCUGCAGCAACAAUGUCUUCAGCUCAGUCUCUGAGAGAGUUUAUCAGAGAGCGGCUAACUGCUGCUGCAGCAGAAAUAUUCUCCGAGUUUGAACAAACCAUCGUCCGCUACGAGGAAGAGAUCGAUCGUCAGCGCAGACUGCUGGAGAUCAGCUGGAAACCACAGAUCAACUUACACAGAAUAGAACUCCCGCUGCAUGAUGUCAGCAAAGAUGAGGAGGUUCAGACUGACCAGCAGCUCUGGAACCAGGAGAGGACCUCCAGUUUGGACCAGGAACAACCAGAACCUUUACAGGAGGGACCAGAACCUCCACAGAUGAAAGUGGAGCAGGAUGAGUCAGAACCUUUGCAGGUUCUAGAACAAGAGGAGCUCUGCAUGAGUCAGGAUGAAGAGCAGCUUGUACUGAAGCAGGAGACGGUUACCUCCCUUGUGACUCCUGCUGAUGAGGACAGAGACCACCAUGGACCAGAACCAGACAGACACCAGCUCCUUUUGUCACCGCUUCCUGAGGCCGAGACCAGAGCUGCUGCUCCUCCAGGGUCCACAGGUGAGGAAGGGGGGUCCUAUGUUAUGUUAAAAAGGGACUUUUUGAAACUGCUUGUUUUAGUUACAUAACUCCUGAAACGCAACACUGACAGAAAAUGAAUGAACAGUUUUUAUUCAUGUUUAAAAUGUUUGUAGACCGAUAAAGUAAUUUGUGGGGAU